AGGAAGUGCCAGAGCGCGAGGAAGUUGAGCACGGCGCUUCGAACGGCAAGCUCCCCGAGCAGACGCCUGUUCCAAUGUCGGAACCUGCAGAAUCGGCACCAGAGGUGGCCAACACGGCCGAAACACUCGAUAAUGGCCAGGUUUGCACCCCGAUUACCAGGCGACGACUUCAUCUAACUAACCGAGCAAGCAGGCCCCGAUCCUCGUUCUGAACCCGCCCUCGGGCGGGGACCACUUGUCCGAAGUGCCACUUGAAGGUGGACAGUUCUUCGACGAUCAGGAAGACUCCAUCGUGGACAAGUCUCCUCUUUUCGCUCACGAGUGCGUUGGCAUGUACCAGUCCGAUCAGGACAUUGGGCCAGCGGAUGAGGAGGAAGAUAGCCCUUCCUACGUUGCGCCCGUGGGUUUUAUUGACCCUGACACGAUUGAUCCGAACGACCCAACGCUGGAGCGUUUCCCUUCAAACCGAGAGGAGAUCAUAGAUACGGUUCGGAAAUUGGAAACCGGCCUUGAGGCGGACCAAGCUUCCUUUGAAGGCAGCCCUCAUUCUCCGGUCAUCAAUCCGUCACGGCGAGGGACGGAGGACAUCACUGGCGACUUCCUGAUUGCUCCGCCCCAAGUACCAUCAUCUCCUUCGACGCGCCGCAAUUCGAAAAGGUCGCCGCGCGGUUCUUUUGGGUCGGCGAGCGGCAAACUCUCCCUCCACUCUAUUUCGGAGGCUGAAGAGCCGGCGGCAGAGGAAGGGUCCUUCCGUCCGGCAGUGGUAUUUUCGAAUCCUUUAAAGGCCAGACCCGAACAGCUCAAGCUUCCGGCCGGUGACGAAGAUGAAGGCGUCGCAUUUAGGGAUGGCGUGAGUCCCAGAACAGUCAAGCCAGCGCACCAACCGAUUGCGUCGCCGCCAUCGUCGCCAAAGACGCAACGAAAAACCAGCGCGGCGGCUGUAGAGACUGAAUUGGAUAGGGACAAAGAGCGUUCGAUGCAGACAGUCACGAUUCACUCCGCGCCGGAGCCUGGCGAGCCAGACCCGAAGCAAACCUACCCUGCCACGACGGAAGCCAAGGGCGAAGGCCAUACCGAGGCAUUACAGCGUUCUAGUGCCAACGGUCCUAGCGAGAGCAACGGUAAUCAAGGCGCCAGCGAUGUCGGCUCAACAAGCCCUUCACCUCCCACGGCCAGACGCCCCAGCUACGCCGAGGUGGCCAGCUCAGCGUCGCCUCCAAGCAGCGAUGCCAAACCCACAUCGGCGACAUCGGAGGCUUCCCCGGGUACGGCAACCACCACUGCCGCUCAAGAUUGCGAUGAUGAUGCGGACAGGGAUAGCCAACUCGGGACGGGCGCGGGCCCCGACACCGCGCAGGAAGAGCAGCCGCAGCAACCAGCCAGUCAACGACAGCAACAAGCCCCGUCCUCAUCGGCCACCCGUGUCCCCGCGCUACAUCCUAAGAAAGGCGCCGGCUGGAUCAGGGCGUUCUUCAGGCUCCUCUUUGUGGAUAUGGUUGGUGGAUUUUUCAGGAAGAUGUUUGGCUGGGCCUGGCCAAAGGGAAAGGAUCGGGCGAGGACUGAGACGGAGACGGAGACGGAGACGCAGACGCAGACGCAGGAGAGAGCUGAAUGAGGUUAUGAGAUCGCGACGAGACAGUGUCUAUCCCAUGUAACAUACAUAGGCUGGUAAUAUGCGAAGACUGAGUGCUGCUGGGAGCGGAGGACUGGAAAGGCGGCAUACAUGACAGCGCUGCUUUGUGAGAUCGAUAUAAUACGGUGCGACGGGUGCUUCAACAUAGACUGCUUUGGUGGAGAAGGAAUAGGGUUCAACAAGGUGAUGAGGCUGUUUUGUGUUGUUGGUAUUGACUGAUAGGGUGUAGUGUUUUCUGUCGAACUGAGUCAACUCUAGCAUUUACCACCAUCUUGACUGGUGUACUGGCAAAGCGUCCGGAUUGCCGCAGCUGGACGCGCUCUAGGAAGACCCCCACGAAUCGUUUUGAUCGUCUGAUAUAUGGCGGGGUCGAGUGCAUGCAGCCUCAUCUGGAUAGAGCUAGA